UCGAGAGUCAACGUAUCUGACUGAAUUCCCGUCAUCAGUUUAUCAGUUGGCUCCCGUUCAAUCAGGUUUUCUACCUUACUUUACCAGUGCUGUUCGCGGUUUCUUAUCAUCGGCUGGGCACUGAUAAUUUAUUUCCUAUUUUGGCAUCAUCAAAGCGAUAAAUUUGCAUGUCUAAUUGUGAAACCCGUGCAUUAGUUCAAUUAGUUUGUCACACUGCAAAAAGGUAGUAGCUAACGAUGACCGACACCGAGCAAAAAACGAUCAACUACAUCGAAACGGAGCUGGUUCCGGCUAUGGUCAAGCGACGGGUGUUCAAGGUUGUGGACGGCAACGACGAUGACGUUGAGUUGGAUGCUGUGAAGGUCACACCGCUGCAACCGGAUGGGACAUUCAUGUUAACCGUUCUGUUUAAGGCGCAAGUGACGGUGCGCAGCACGAAAGAGGCCACAACGACGCGUAUCUAUCAGCUGGCCGUGAAGGUUUCUCCGUCUCUCCCAGAUGAUUUUUAUGAAGCCUGUCAGUUUAACACUUUGUUCCAGAAUGAAACAGUUGCCUACACUGAAAUCAUUCCAACGCUUGGGAAGGCGGAACUGUAUCCCAAAUACUACUACUCGCAUUGGAAAUCUAGGGAAGCUAUCAUGGUGCUAGGUGAUUUCACUGUUGAUGGCUGGAAAAUGGCUCCCAUGGUAGUGAACUUACCGUUGGAAUAUUGUUUACUGGCGGUUCGUGAACUAGCCCGGUUUCAUGGUGAAUGCUAUGCCCUCAAGGAACGCAAACGUGCGUUAUUUGACAGUAUUAUCGGGAAGUUUAAGGAAUCUCGAUACGCCGUUGAAAUUGGUAACCUGAGUUGGCUUGAGGCGUUGAAAACCGGUCCAAAACGUGCAGUGAAAGCUUUGCGUGAGAGCCGUUUUAAGGAUGCUGUGCCGGGGGAAUAUUUGCAGAAACUUGCAACCGUCAUGGAAGAUAUAUGGAGCAUGCAAAAACGAAGCGUCCAACCACAGGAACCCCUCGCGAUUAUCUGCCACGGUGACUAUUUACGCAAUAAUAUCGCGUUCAAGUAUACUGAUGCAACGGAUUCGGAAAAACCAACCCACGUUAUGAUGUUCGAUUUUCAAACCCUCCGCUAUGCCUCGCCAAUGAUUGAUUUGGUGGUAUUCAUGGCCAAUUCAACCGGGUAUGCGGUGCGGGAGAAGCAUUUCGAAACUAUUUUCCGAACCUAUCACAGCCACCUGAUACAAACGCUCUGUAGUAUUACUGAGACCAGUCCGGGUGAUUUGCCACAGCAUUACAGUUAUGACACGUUCCGGAAAGAAUAUGCUCGCUACAUAACGUACGGAUUUUCGAUUGCAUGUAGCUUUUUAGGGAUCUUACACGAACCACAGGAAGAUAAAUUUGCCAUGGAAAGUAUGUCAACCGAAGAGAUUAUCGAGGAUGUGAUGAAGCGCGGUGGAGCUGCACUUGACAACGAGCUAUCUGCGAUGGUUUAUGAAAUGUAUGAGCUGCAUAAAUAUUAUGGCAUCGACCCUAAAUGAUGUCGUACAUAAAUCACAAAACUAAAACAGGGUGAAGGAAGGGUUUCAUCAAAAUCUGGGAAGAUUUGUAAUAAGGACAUAAACUUGUUUCUCUGAAGCUAGAAGAUCGGGAAAAAAGUUAAUGUAAGAAGUUAGUUACCUUAGUAUUUCGCAAAAUUAUUCAUAUCAAGAACAGAGAAUGAUUUUAUUAUAAAUCGGUCAAUAUUCACCACUGAAAUGUAGGUUUAUAGAUGCUCAGUAACUUUUAAAUGUAAAUUGUGUUGGACAAAAUAAAGCUUUCGAAAUAUCGCAGUAAUUCAGUACAAUUGAUUCAAAUAACUCUACCGCAAAACUUUCUCUAUAAAUUUAGUUCAUAAUUUACAAUUUAAGUUACGUGAAGAUACAUAUCAUGUGAUCAGUGCAUUCUCAA